AUGGCUGAUACCGCCGCCACUACCACUACUGAUCGCGUUUCUUCCUCGACUUGCUUCAUCUGCAACGAGCCCGGUCACUUCGCUAGAGAUUGCCCUCAGGCCUCCAGCAGUCGCCCCACUGGUCGUCGCCCUAUGAACUGCUAUAACUGCGGCAAGCCCGAUCAUCUCGCUCGUGAUUGCCCUAAUGAGCAGACCAACCAAAGGCCUUGCUUUAAGUGCGGCAAAGUUGGUCAUUUUGCCAGGGACUGCACUGAACCCGAUACUCGUGCCUGCUUCCGUUGCGGCGAGACCGGUCAUCUUGCUCGUGACUGCCCCAACGAGGACACUAGGCCCGAGAGCGAGCGUGCUCCUCGUGGACGUUCUGAGGGAAGGAAUUGCUUCAAGUGUGGUAAGCCCGGCCAUCUCGCCAGAGACUGCCCUAACUAA